AUGACCAACACUUUCGAACCCACUCGUGCCUCUUCUGUCCUGGGCAAAUGGGUUGAGGAACUUUACAACAGCAUCUUCGUUCAGCCAGAUGACCAGGUGUCGACGAAUGCUUUCAAGAAUCAUGUUACAGAGGACUUUAUUGCGAGAAUCAACCAUGAUCAAUUCACGCGUCAAACCUUCAUGGAAGCCGUUCUGAAAUUUCGUGUCGAUAAUACCACGAGUAUUCAGAGCACUAGGGACAUACAAAUCUGGGAGGCAUCUGACGGAUCUGCCGCUGGGUGUGUCGCACAGUACAUGCAUUUCACCGACACCAAUAAGGAGACUGGCGUUGGUACCAAGUCAUCUACGUUGCUCAUCGCGAGUAUCAAGUUUAUUGAUGGGCAGAGAAAGUUGGUUGACUUGACCGAGGUGCUGAAGCCAUCUGAAUUCUGCGUCAGCAUCGCCGCCUGCCUAGUCCUGGGCCGUGGCAUCUUGCCGGACCCUUACUGCAUUAACGACAGCUUUGAGGAGGGCGACGCCCCCGCCAGCAUAGAUUAA